CCUCCCCUGAGCGCCCUGGGACGCCUGGCAGAGGCGGCCGUGGCGGAGAAGAGAGCCAUCUCCCCCUCCAUCAAGGAGCCGUCUGUCAUCCCCAUCGAAGUUGUCCCCACGGUGCUGCUGGAUGAAAUUGAGGCAGCAGAGGCAGAAGGCAACGACGACCGUAUUGAGGGGGUGCUGUGUGGAGCUGUGAAGCAGCUGAAAAUGAACAGAGCCAAACCUGAUACCACGCUGUAUCUGAGCCUCAUGUACCUGGCAAAAAUCAAACCAAACAUAUUUGCCACUGAAGGGGUUAUCGAGGCGCUGUGCAGCCUACUUCGAAGAGAUGCUUCCAUCAAUUUCAAAGCCAAAGGGAAUAGCCUCGUGUCCGUCUUGGCCUGCAACCUUCUCAUGGCAGCUUACGAAGAGGAUGAGAACUGGCCAGAGAUCUUUGUCAAGGUUUACAUUGAGGACUCCCUUGGGGAGCGCAUCUGGGUGGACAGCCCACACUGCAAGACAUUUGUGGAUAACAUCCAAACAGCUUUUAACACAAAGAUGCCUCCUAAGAGCAUGCUCUUGCAUGGGGAAGUUGGACGUAGCGGAGGGGACCUUAGUGCUGGGAGUAGUCCACACCCUUCCAUGACAGAGGAGGAAGACAGCCAGAGUGAGCUGCUGAUUGCAGAGGAGAAGAUGAGCCCGGAGCAGGAAGGCCAGCUCAUGCCCAGGUAUGAAGACCUUGCAGAGAGUGUGGAGGAGUAUGUCCUAGACAUGCUGCGGGACCAACUCAACCGGCGCCAGCCAAUGGACAAUGUCUCCAGGAACCUCCUUCGACUGCUCACGGCAACCUGUGGCUACAAAGAGGUGCGGCAGAUGGCUGUGCAGAGGCUGGAGAUGUGGCUGCAGAACCCAAAGUUGACCAAGCCAGCUCAGGACUUGCUGAUGUCAGUCUGUAUGAACUGCAACACCCACAGCUCAGAGGACAUGGAAGUUAUUUCCAACCUGAUCAAAAUUCGUCUCAAGCCAAAAGUCCUUCUCAACCACUACAUGCUGUGUAUCAGAGAGCUGCUGAACGCACACAGGGAUAACCUAGGAACCACAAUCAAAUUUGUGAUUUUCAAUGAACUAUCAAAUGCAAGAAAUCCCAACAACAUGCAGAUCCUGUACACUGUUCUUCAGCAUAGCUCAGAGCAAGCUCCAAAGUACCUAGCAAUGGUGUUCCAGGAUCUUUUGACUACUAAGGAUGAUUACCUGCGGGCUUCACGGGCUCUGCUGCGAGAGAUCAUCAAACAGACAAAGCAUGAGAUCAACUUCCAGGCCUUCUGCCUGGGCCUUAUGCAGGAACGGAAGGAGGCCCAGUAUGCAGAAAUGGAAUUCAAGGAGCGGUUUGUCAUCCACAUAACUGAUCUGCUGGCUGUCUCCAUGAUGCUUGGUAUCACAGCCCAGGUGAAGGAGGCUGGAAUUGCUUGGGACAAAGGAGAGAAAAAGAACCUGGAAGUGCUGCGCUCUUUCCAGAACCAAAUUGCUGCUAUCCAACGAGAUGCUGUGUGGUGGCUUCACACAGUCGUUCCAUCUAUCAGCAAGCUGGCGCCCAAGGACUAUGUGCACUGCCUCCACAAGGUGCUCUUCACAGAACAGCCUGAAACCUACUACAAAUGGGACAACUGGCCCCCUGAGAGUGACCGCAACUUCUUCCUUCGCCUGUGCUCCGAGGUGCCCAUCCUUGAAGACACACUGAUGCGGAUCCUUGUGAUCGGUUUGUCACGGGACCUUCCUCUUGGUCCUGCGGAUGCCAUGGAGCUUGCUGACCACUUGGUGAAGCGAGCUGCAGCUGUGCAAGCGGAUGAUGUCGAGGUCCUGAGGGUAGAAAGAAUCCAGCUGAUCGAUGCGGUCUUAAAUCUGUGCACUUAUCACCAUCCAGAGAACAUCCAGCUACCCCCAGGGUACCAGCCUCCAAAUCUAGCGAUUUCUACCCUCUACUGGAAAGCCUGGCCUCUGCUGCUUGUAGUGGCUGCGUUCAAUCCUGAAAACAUUGGUCUGGCUGCAUGGGAGGAGUACCCCUCUCUGAAGAUGCUCAUGGAAAUGGUCAUGACCAAUAAUUAUUCCUAUCCUCAAUGUACCUUGACGGAUGAGGAGACGCGCACAGAGAUGAUUAAUCGUGAACUUCAAAUCUCCCAGAGAGAAAAACAGGAGAUUCUUGCAUUUGAGGGUCAUCUGGCUGCUGCAUCCACAAAACAAACAAUUACAGAGAGCAGCAGCCUCUUGCUGUCCCAGUUGACGAGUCUGGACCCUCAGGGCCCCCCACGCAGACCUCCACCACAUGUCCUGGAGCAGGUGAAAAGCCUGAACCAGUCGCUUCGCUUGGGCCACCUCCUGUGUCGCAGUCGUCAUCCUGACUUUCUUCUCAACAUCAUUCAAAGACAGGCCUCAUCGCAGUCAAUGCCGUGGCUGGCGGAUCUGGUUCAGUCCAGUGAGGGCUCCUUGGAUGUCCUGCCUGUGCAGUGCCUUUGUGAGUUCCUGCUUCAUGAUGCUGCUGAUGAGUCGACCUCAGGUGAAGAAGAGGAAGAGGGUGAGAGUAAGGAGCAGCGUGCCAAGAAACGCCAGAGGCAACAGAAACAAAGGCAGUUGCUUGGACGGUUGCAAGACUUGCUGUUGGGACCCAAAGCAGAUGAACAGACAACCUGUGAGGUGCUUGACUAUUUCCUGCGGCGCCUGAGUUCCUCCCAGGUGGCCUCACGGGUCUUGGCCAUGAAGGGCCUGUCCCUGGUGCUGUCAGAAGGGGGACUGCGUGAUGGAGAGGAGAAGGAUCACCCCAUGGAAGAAGACUCUGGUGAUUCUGAACUGCUGCAGGGAUAUCAGUGGCUGCUGAGAGACCUCCCGAGGCUGCCGCUGUUUGACAGUGUUAGAGCAACAACAGCUCUGGCCUUGCAACAGGCCAUCCACAUGGAGACGGAUCCCCAGACCAUCAGUGCUUACCUGGUGUACCUCUCCCAGCAUGCCCCAGUGGAGGAGCAGGGACAGCACAAUGACCUCGCUCUGGAUGUGGCCCGACUCAUAGUGGAGCGCUCUACCAUCAUGUCUCACCUCUUCUCGAAGCUCUCGUACUGUGCUGAAUCAGAUGCAGUGCUUGUUGCUCUUCUCUCCAUCUUUUCUCGCUACAUCAAACGCAUGCGCCAGAGCAAGGAGGGCGAGGAGGUGUACAGCUGGUCAGAGUCCCAGGAUCAGGUGUUCCUCCGUUGGACUAGUGGGGAAACAGCCACUAUGCACAUCCUUGUGGUUCAUGCCAUGGUUAUUCUUCUGACACUAGGGCCACCUCAAGCAGGGGAUGGUGAUUUUUACACCUUACUGGAUAUAUGGUUCCCGGAGAAGAAGCCCCUUCCUACUGCUUUUCUGGUUGACACCUCAGAGGAGGCUUUGCUGCUCCCUGACUGGCUGAAGCUGCGUAUGAUCCGCUCCGAGGUCCCACGUCUCGUGGAUGCAGCCCUGCAGGACCUGGAGCCACAGCAGCUGCUUCUCUUUGUUCAGUCCUUUGGAAUCCCAGUUUCCAGUAUGAGCAAACUUCUGCAGUACCUGGAUCAGGCAGUGUCUCACGACCCACAGACACUGGAGCAGAACAUCAUGGACAAGAACUACAUGGCUCACCUUGUGGAGGUUCAGCAUGAGAGAGGAGCAACAGGAGGCCAGACUUUCCACUCCCUGCUCACUGCCUCCUUACCAGCCCGUCGAGACAGCGCUGAGACUACAAAGUCAAAAUCUAGUCCUGAGAACGCUCAAGGCCAGAGCCGCAUCCGGGCCUUAAGCCAGGUUCGGGUUCUGGGCCCAGAAGAUGAUCUAGCAGGCAUCUUCCUGCAGCUUUUCCCACUAAAUCCAGACCCACGGUGGCAGAAUUCAAACCUACGCCCACUUGCCCUGGCAUUACAGCAGGCCCUGGGACAGGAGCUGGCUCGCAUCCGGCAGGGGAAUGCACAGGUGACCGGGAUCACAGCACGACUUCUCCAGGCAGUAGCUGCACUGAUGAACUCGCCGCACAGCGGUGCGUUGGUGAUGGCUAUGCAUCGUAACCACUUCAUCUCCUGCCCGCUGGUGCGCCAGUUGUACCAGUAUCAGCGCUGCAUGCCACAAGACACUGCCUUCUCCUCGCUCUUCUUCAAAGUCCUCAUGCAGAUGCUGCAGUGGUUGGAAAACCCUGCAGUGGAAGAUGGUCCUCUGCAUGCUCAGCUGAAGGCCUUUGCUGUGCAGUACUCCUCAAGGCACAGGAUCAGUGACGUUCGAGGUGGCUUCUUGCACCUUACAGAAGCUCUGUCUUUCCGUCGUGACCCUGACUUGAUCAGCUCCACAGUACGUGCCAUCAUUGCAACCCUGAAAUCAGGAGAGAAGUGUAAUGUGGAGCCAGAGCUCAUCAGCAAAGUUCUUCAAGGUCUGAUUGAAACUCACUCUCCGUACUUGGAGGAACUCCUGACUGUCCUCUUCUCAGCUACUGUUGAGACCACUGCCAGGUUUCCUGCCAUGAAACCAAUUGCUGUGGUGAGCUCCUUGUUGCUCCAGGACAAAGAAGAAACAGCAGUAAAGAAGGAGCUGGACAGUUGCAGUACUGAAGCUGCUUGGCUAGGGCCCUCCUCUGGCCUUCUUAAUGACUGGCUGGAGAUGUUGGACCCAGAGGUGAUCAGCAGCUGCCCCGAUCUCCAGCAGAAGCUGCUGUUCUCCUGGAACAAAGCAGGGUCCCAGGUGCCCUCCUUCCGCCCAUAUCUUUUGGCUCUUCUCACUCACCAGUCCAGCUGGACCACGCUGCACCAGUGCAUCAAGCUUCUGCUUUGCAGAAACCGGGAACAAAGGUUUGACCCAACUGCAUCCUUGGAUUUCUUGUGGGCCUGUAUUCACAUUCCUCGGAUCUGGCAGGGAAGGGACCAAAGAACUCCUCAGAAGCGCCGUGAGGAAUUUGUGCUCCACCUAAAGGCAUCAGAAUUGAUCAGCAUGGUAGAGCUGAUCCUGGCUGAAGCAGAAACCAGACACCAGAACACAGAAGAGGCUUCCUGCACACUCAUCCAGUCUCGACUGCCUUUGUUGCUCAGUUGUUCUCAUGGGGACCUUGAGAGCAUCAAAAAAGUAACGGAGUAUCUGACCAGCUGCAUCCAGCAGUGGGGAAGCAGCUCUGUGGGAAAAUGCUGCCAGGACCUUCUGCUUCAGAUAUACCUGCAACUACCAGAGCUCCUUGUGCCUAUGCCUGAGAUGCUUCUCACUAGUGAAGGAGCCAGAGACAGCAGCACUUGCAAGCUCGAUGCCCUGAUUCACAGAUUCAUUAACCUCCUUGCAGACACCAGUGACUCCAAGUCGUCAGAAAGCCGUGUGUGGGACGCCAAUAUGGCCUGCAGGAAACUAGCUGUGGCUCAUCCCAUCCUACUUCUUAGGUACCACUCUCCCCUUUCACCCUCUGUGUAG